AUGGGCCAGCAGACUAAACAAAAGAAAGCGAAGAAAGCUGUAAAGAAAAUCGAAGUGUCAGAUACCGAGGAGGAUGAGGAAGAAGAACAAUCACCAGAACCUCCCAAAAAGUCUGCCAAAAAGCCGAAGCCUCCAAAGAAGCCUGUGCGUAAAUCUAAGAAACGUGCAGAGCCUAUAUCUGAGGAGGAAGAAGAGUCUGAAGAAGAGCAGACAGAGAUAAGCCAGUCUGAGACUUCUCCUACAGAGGAGAGUAGUGAGACUGAGCCAGAGGAAAAGCAGCAGAAAAAGAAAAAGAUUAAACCAAAGAAAAAGAAGAAAGCUGCUAAGAAAAUAGAAGUGUCAGAGGAGGAAGAAGACUCAUCUUCUUCAUCUUCCACUGAGGAGGAGGAAGAAGAAGAAGAGGAAGAACCUCCCAAAAAGUCUGCCAAAAAGCCGAAGCCUCCCAAGAAGCCUGCGCGUAAAUCUAAGAAACGUGCAGAGCUUGAGGAGGAAGAAGAGGCUGAGGAAGAGCAGACAGAGACGAGCCAGUCUGAGACCUCUCAGAUAGAGGAGAGCGAGGCUGAGCCUGAGGAAGAGCAGCCAAAGAAGAAAAAAACUAAACCAAAGAAGAAAGAGAAAGCUGCUAAGAAAAGAGUAGAGGAGGCUGUUUCUGAAGCUGAAUUAGAGGAACAGCAACCAGAGACCAGCGAGAGCGAGAUCUCUCUGAAGGAGGACAAAUCUGCAUCGGAACCAGAAGAUGCAGAAACAGAGAAAGUCCAGUCAGAGGAUGAAGAAAUAACAAGAAAGCUGGAAAGGAAAGGUGCUAUAAGGAGGCACACAAGAAUGAGCAGAGAUGAUACAGACUCUGAGAGGCCUAAAGAGAGUAAGCAUCCUGAGCUUUCUGGUAAGGCUGCAGCAGAGGCAGAAGAACCUGCUGCGGAGGCUGAACCUGAAGCAGAAGAUGCAGAAAUCGAGAAAGACUCUCAGACACCUAAAGAAAGUCACCAUAUAGUGAAAGAUCAGAAGGGUCACCAUGCUGAGAAAGAGUCAGCAGUGCACCCUGAAAAGAAGACUACUGAUCAGAAGGGUCACCAUGCUGAGAAAGAGUCAGCGGUGCACCCUGAAAAGGAAACUACUGAUCAGAAGGGUCACCAUGCUGAGAAAGAGUCAGCGGUGCACCCUGAAAAGAAGACUGAUGAACAGAAGGGUCACCAUGCUGAGAAAGAGUCAGUGGUGCACCCUGAAAAGAAGACUGUGGAUCACAAGGGUCACCAUGCUGAGAAAGAAAAAGAAGCCUGCCGAUCACAAGGGUCACCACGAUGCGAAAUCAUCAAAGGUGCACCCAGAGAAGAAGCCUGCAGAUCACAAGGGUCACCACGAUGA